GGGGCGGGCUAAGGGAGGGACCUUCUCGUGCCCGCCCCGGAGACCCGGGGGCCGAGCGCGGCCCGAGCGGCGCGUGCGGGAGCGAGCCCCCUCUGCAGGCUGCAGCCCCGGCGCGCGGGGCGAUGUCGCUGACGUUUGAGGAUGUGGCCAUGUAUUUCUCCCCAGUGGAGUGGGUGCUGCUGGGCGAGGAGCAAAGGCAACUUUACAGACAUGUCAUGUGGGAAAAUUACCAGACUCUGGUUUCAUUAGGAAUCCAAACCCCCAAGCCAGUGGUGAUCUCCAACAUAGAGCGAGGGGAAGAGCUGUGUGUCCAGGGUCCCACAGAAGAUGAUGAGGACGUCCUGAGUGGCACCUGCCCAGGUGAACUAUUUUGAACUUGUUUCUUCAAUUUCACCUGGUUGAUUUCAGACCAAUUCUCCGGUUUGUCAACAUCAUUUAGAAAUCUAAUCCUGUCCACCAAAGUGUUUGUAAGCCUUCCCUGGCUGUCUGAAUCAUUGUCCGAGCAGCACUUGGGAAUCUCCCUUCCGAGUUCAGGCCCACUUUUGUAAGGACCCAACA